AUGAGCAUCGUCGACCUCCCCCCAGAACUAUUUCCCAACGUCGCGCUGCACCUCCCACUCUGCGAGGCCCCCUCUACUCUCCUAGCUCUCGCAUCGACAAACAGCACGUUCCACGAACUAUGCCUACCCCUCUUAUACUCGCAUGUCAUCCUAAAGAACGAAACGCACGCUCUUAGCGUCCUCAAGGCGCUGACGACCAGCCCAGAGAAAACCCGUUUCGUUCGUGGACUUCAUAUCACAUCCGAGCUGUCCAACGAGGUGCGGUUGAGCUCCACCGAACUGGACGUGGUCAGAGCCGUGGAAAGACUCAUACGCACAGGCUAUCUCUCUGAUCUUCAUACAUUGGAACUACACCUCCAAGGAGGGGAGUGGUAUAAGCGACUCGAUGAAGAAUUGGGCGAGAUUAUUUGGUACGAAGGCUUUGGAGAGUUUGAGGCGCCUUUUUGGGAGUCUUUGAAGGGGUUCUGCCCAAAUUUGAGGAACCUUAGCCUGAAGCCUGUGGAAGCUUCUGAAGACUGCGUUGAAAGACUGUCUGGCGGGUUGCGAAGCCUGUACCUCGAUCCGAACUCGUAUGAAGAGAUGUGUUUCGACCCUUUCUUGGACAUGAACUUUCCCUAUCUCGAGUCAUUCACGGUGGGCCACUGGAUACUGGGUGAUCUCACCAAGGCCAUGCGAUUCUGGGAGAGACACUCAACACUGCGAGAUGUCUGUAUUGGCGCCUACCCAGGCGAUGCAUGGUUCUCCGACUGCUCAUCCAUGGAUGUUUCCGGUUUCCUCCCGGCGCUCAGGAGAUUGAAGGCCUCGUUCAUAAACGUCCGAAACCUAGCGCCAAUCCUCCAUCGCCUCAUUUCCCUCGAAGUAUCGUCUAGCCUCAACGCCCAAGUGCCUUACCUUCUGCGGGAAAUCCUACCAUCCGGCCUCCCUAAUCUCAAAAGUUUGCUGAUUGAACAAGCGUCGAAUUAUGGUGGGAGGUUCAGCGAACAUGAGGCUGUAUACUGGUACGAAACGCCUAACGGCGAGUUCAAAGAAGCGGAGAAACCCAAACGCCUCAAGCAGGGGUUCUUGAAACCGAUGGUUGACGGGUAUCUCCACUCAAUUGCUCGUGGUGCACCGAAUAUCGAAGAGCUCGCGCUGGAAGGGCGUGACAUGGAUAUGAAGAACCAUCACCGCAUUUUAGGGGACCUUUCCAACUUUAAACGCCUCAAGAAAAUAUUCGUCCAAUACUUACCCCGCGAUCUUGAUGAAGAUACUAAGGACCGAUUUGCAUCGUUGGCAAGGGACACAGCAGAGGCAUGCCCUCUCCUGGAGACGUUUGGGAAUAUCAAUAGAUCCCUCGACCAAGACUCCAACUACCUGGUAGCGCGGAUUUCUCGAGCGGGGGACAAUGAAGUCAAAGAAGUGAGGCUCGGUCUGGGUAAUGGACUCGUGGUAGGACAGGAGAAUUGCGCCUUCCCUCUAACCAGCGGUGGACUGUCGGCGAACGAGAGAAGCGCAUUGGCUGUUCUCAAAGAGUUGGCGCAGAGGGAGGGCAAGGGGAAUUGCGUCCGCGGGCUUCACAUUGCAUCGACGUUGUCGCAGAAGACACUGGACGACCCUAACGCCAUUGACGUCUUGACGGCACUGGAAAAACUCAUUCUAUCCGGCGGUCUCCCUCGUCUUCAAACUCUCGAAGUUCAUCUUUACGGAACAUCGUGGUACAUUCACGACGAUCCGGAAAAACGGGAAUGGCAGCGCCCUUUGGAGGGAUAUGCAGAAUUCAGGAAGUCGUGUUGGACGGACCUCGAACAGUUCUGUCCCCACCUUCGAUCGCUUACUCUCUCAGAGAUUGGAAAUACCGAGGACAAUCAUCUCACUAACUCUGGGCUCUUCGAUAUCCAGAAUCUCACCCAUCUCUCUCUCCAAUUUCGUUCGGGAAGUCUUGAUCGACUGGGAAACAAAAAGCUGCAAGAAUGUGUGGCUAAUAUGGCCCCUCAUCUGCGAAGUCUGUGUCUUUAUGCCGAUAGCCAAGACGGAGAAGAGCGACUCUUUAUCGACGAAUACCUAGACCUCAGUUUCCCCGUACUCGACUCAUUGAAGCUGGUAUGGUGGGAAUUAGAAGAUUCCGCGAAAGCUAUGGAAUUCUGGGACAGGCACCCCACGUUGGAACAGAUUGAAAUUGACCCUCUGGUCGGCACCCUGUGGUGGUUCAUCGAUUGUUCUGCCAUGGACACUUCGGCGUUUCUUCCAAGAUUGAGGAACUUGAAGGCCCGAUUCCAAGAAAUACGAAACCUAGCUCCGAUUCUCGAACGUCUGUCCAAGCUCGAAGUCAUCGGAAGCAACAAUGCACAAGUACCCUACCUCCUCCGCUCAGUGAUCCCUUCAGGACUUCCCAACCUGCGAAGCUUGCUCAUCGAGCAAACCACCAACUUCUAUAACGUAGAGUUCAGCGAAAUCGAGGGUGCCCAUUGGUACGAAGCAACCAACGGGGUGUUCAAGGAGGCGGACAAAACAGGCAGAUGUAGAUGGCGUAAGCCUAUGUGGAACGGAUACCUACAUUCCAUCUCCCGUGGUGCGCCCAAUGUCGAGGAACUGGCUUUGAGCGGACUGGAGAUGAGGCCCAAGAACCAUCCACGAAUCAUCAGCGACAUCGCCUCUUUCCAACGACUCAAGCGACUGUUCGUCCAGUAUAUUCCUAAAGCGCUUGACGCACUGGACAAGAAAGAGAAGGAGCAGUUCAUAGCUUUGGCACGUGAUACGGCAGAAGCAUGUCCGUCGCUGGAGAUCUUCGGAAAUUUUGGCUCGCCUCGCGUGUUAGUGGUUCUUUGA